UCUGCUCUGGGUAGCAUUGACCUAUACCACUCUGCCUUGCUGGUUGCUGCUCCUUGUGUGACAGAGAGGGUUUUUCUUUGUAAUUUUAAGAUCUCCCAGCCCCAGACCAUCGCUCUCCUCGCUGCCUUUCACAAGGUCACAAUAUUUGUCUUCCUCUCCUGCAUUCUGCACAUGCCUUCUGUGCCUUCCUUCCCAGACUCCAUGGAGAACUCCAACAUUCGGUCAUUAGAUUUCUCCUUCUCAGGAGAUAGCGCCCAUGGAGACUGGGGGAAGGACAGCUCGUGCUUCAGUAACUUGAUGGCUGGGCUCGCACAGGUCGACACCCUCAGGGAAAACUUGCAGACGGUGUUUAUGUGUUACUGUGGAAUGGAGGAGGAAGAAAUAAAGGAGAUCUUGGAGAACUGCGGACUAGGUAAUGUGUAUAUUUGUUGCUAA